GGGGGAAGCGUCCCGGAAGUAGCCGAGUUAUAGAAGAGAAUGGCAGAAAAGACACUGGAGCUCGGGCCGUGGACUGGAUGUGUGGUUCUGUUUCUGCAGUCCUCCUGUCCUCACGUGAACCUGCUCUCCCUCUACAAAGACCAGCACAGAAAGUUCCUCCUGUUCAAAGUUGUCAAGCUGACGCUCACAGAUUCUGCCGGGGGUCUGGGCGGUUACGAGAUCCUAAAGCUGCACGACGCCGACCCCAUGCUGGGGGUCGAGGUGAAGUUCAUGAACGCGGACGCCUGCCAGCGCUUCCUAAAGAGCUACGCCUCGGGCACGGUGUGCCAGUCCCUCUCCCAACACGCUGGCCGGCUCCUGACGGUCCCGCAGGAGUUGGCGGUGCAGAGCCAGCUGAAGGCCGGCGCACACACGCUGGACUUGUGUCUGGACAACAUCGAGCUGUGCCUCCAACACAUACACUGCUCCCAGACGGGACGCCUGCGUGACGAGGAGAUCGAGUGUCUGGAGCAGGAGCUUCAGAGCCAGGCGUUGAGUCACGCCGUGCAGCCCGCCAGCCUGGCCCACGGCGAGACGCCGCUGCCCAGCAACUGUUUCAAGUUCCAGAGGCGAGUGUUCGAGGACAGGAUGCUGACGGCGGCCGACGUCCAGAACUUCUCCAACGGGGUGGGCCGCCAGUGGAAGCACGUGGGCAGAGUGCUGGGGAAGAGCUGCCGGGCCCUGAAGGGUCCGGCCAUAGACAACCUGGCCUACGAGUACGAGAGGGAGGGCCUGUACGAGCAGGCCUACCAGCUGCUGAGCCGCUUCGUGCAGGCCGAGGGCCGGGCGGCCAAGCUGAGCCGGCUCAUCAAGGCGCUGGAGGACUGCAAACUGACCGUGCUGGCCGAGAACCUCCUCAGCAUCCAGCCGCAGGAGUGACUCCUGCAGGUUUUUACCCACGUGUGUGUGUGUGUGUGUGUGUGUGUGUGUGUGUGUGUGUGUGUGUGUGUGUGUGUGUGUGUGUGUGUGUGGUUCAUCAUAUAUGUCUGCACAUUAAUAUGUGUGUGUGUGUUGUUUCAUAAAUGUCUGCAUUAAAACUUAUAUAUAUAUGUGUGUGUGUGUGUGUGUGUGUGUGUUCAGUAUGAUGAUGAUGCUGAUGAUGAUUUCCUGUUUAUCUCGUUUAAAUGAGCGUACACCAUGUAGGUUGUGUCCACGACAGUCUUCACUCCGCCUUUUUCUUUUCCCUGCCCGCCGAGCAAAUUUACAGAUAGAACAAAACAGCCACAUUAUGGGGGGUUGUGUUGUCGGUGAUCAGUAUGAAAUGUGAUUGUUAUAGUUUUUUUUUUU